UUCCAAUAUGGCGGCCGAAAAUGCAUUUCUUGGAGGUUAUAAAGUUGGAUUGAUUUCUGCUUCUCUUUUAACCGGAGAUUAUAAAAAAGCAAAGAAAAGGAAGGGGAAUGAAGGUUUGAUAUUCGAAAGUAGCGAAGCCUUGCAGCCUACGUUUAUUCCGGUCAAGAAAGAGAAAAAGGUCAAAAAUGAAGAUGAUUUGGCAAAGCAAAGUGUUCUGGAUACAACUGCUGAAGAAACUGAUGAAAACAUUCCGACCAGAAAGACGAGUAAAUCACCGAAGAACAAGUCAUGUGAUGAUGAUCCAGAAAGACUUGCCAGAACCAUAUUUGUUGGAAAUCUUCCUUUGUCAAUCUCAAGAAAGGAUUUGAAAACAUUUUUCAAAAAGUAUGGAGAUGUCGAAAGCUCGCGAUUAAGAUCGGUGGCAGUUCCUGAUCUAAAGACUUCCAAAAAAGUGGCGGCUAUAAGAAAAACGUUUAAUCCCAAUCGAAACAACGUGAAUGGUUACGUUGUUUUUAAAGAUAAAAAAUCUGUUGAAGAAUCCUUGAGCAGUAAUGGGAAGAUUAUCGAUGGUCUUCAUAUCAGAGUUGACAGAGUUGAUAACGGUGGGAAACAGCAUGAUCACAAGAGAUCGGUGUUUGUGGGAAAUCUUAUUUUUGAUAUGAAAGAAGAAACACUCAGUGAGUUUUUCUCUCCGUGUGGCGAAGUACUAAAUGCUCGAGUUAUACGAGAUUCGACCACGGGUAUUGGGAAAGGCUUUGGCUAUGUCUUAUUCAAGGAAGCAAGUUCUGUAUCUCUGGCAUUAAAAAUGAAUAAUUCUGAACUUAGUGGGCGAAAGAUUAGAAUUCAGAGGUCGCAAGAGAACCCUAAAGGUUCUUCGACAUCAAACGAACAAAAGCGAAAGAGUUUUCACGGCAUGCAAGCGAAGGAGAGGUUUUAUCACAAAAGAAAGAUGCUGAAACAACAAACGAAAUUUGGCCUCUCGAAAGGAAAGACAAAGAAAACUUCGUUUAACUCGAAAGUCAGUAAAAAACAUAUCAAGGCUAAAAGAACUUCACAUGGAAAAAUAAGCAAAGAAAAUAAUUCAUAGCAUAAUGGUAAUAUAUUUGGGGCCAUGUGUUUGGUUUGAAUUCAAGAUUAGUUAUAAUUAGCUAUAAUUUCCUUCUCAUAAGCGUCAACAACUUUCGGCAUACCAGAUGAACUUGUUAAUCCCCACCACCCACGAACUAUGAGUAUCGUUUCAAAAAUUCCAUCGUACCAGUAUCUUUUACGUGGUGUACUUUGUUUUAUUACAAACGUUUUUAUGACUCUCGAUCAUCAAUAUAGAACUGUCUACACAAUUCUAACAGUAAGAACUUCUGUAGAUAGAAUUAUGUAAAAAGUAUUGCACAACAUUCGCGAUUUGUUGGACAAAUGAAAUUUUUGUACGGUGUGCAUGAUAUCGUAUGAUAUUGUUCACGGGGACAUCGCUAACUUUUAUUGUAUUAAAG